CGCAUUCCACCCACCAUGCCUCCCGCUGCUUUCUACCCCCUACGUGAUGAGGACGCCGAAUCGUACAUCAUCACUGAUGGGUUGAAGGUCAUUGAGCGAUUCUUCACCUUGCCACUUGAUUAUGGGAAUCCGGAGGGAUUGAAGAUACGAGUAUUCGCGCGGAACUUGUUCUCAAUUGACCAAGCAAAGACUCCGGAGGAGCAAGCUGCGCUCCCUUACUUGGUCUACCUCCAAGGAGGUCCUGGGUUCGAAUGCGAUGUGCUUACCGUGUCUGGGAUGGCGUCGGAGCUCCAUAGCCGCGGCUAUCAGACGCUCUGGUUGGACCAGCGCGGGACUGGCUUGAGCACGCCGCUGUCUGCAGAGGUUCUGCAAGGGAAAAGCGACAAGGAGAUUGCAGAGUAUUGCAAGCACUUCCGCGCAGACAAUAUAGUUCGCGACUGCGAAGCCAUCCGCGAGGCUCUCAUCGGACACAAGGACGAUCCGGAGCAACGCAAAUGGACGAUACUCGGUCAAAGCUUCGGCGGAUUCUGCGCAUUCACAUACCUUUCGUUCUUCCCGGAUAGCCUGAAGGAGGUUUUCACUACGGGAGGUAUACCGCCCCUGCUGCUCGACGAUCCUGUCGCCAAUUAUGAGGCGACUGCCAAGCAGGUCGCCGAGAGGAACAAGAUUUACUACGAGAAGUAUCCGCAAGAUAUUAAGAGGGUACGGCAGAUCCUGCGUUACCUGGAGGCGAACAACAUCACACUUCCCAGCGGCGGGAGGCUAUCUGUCCAGCGCUUCCAGGCCCUGGGCAUAGCUUUUGGAGCGAAGAAUGGCAUCGACACUAUCCAUCAACUGGUGCUGAGAGCGACGAAUGACCUCGAAAUCCAUGGCAUACUCACCUAUCACCUUUUAAGCCGCGUCGAAGCGGGCCACUCAUUCGACCAGAACCCAAUUUACUUCAUCUUGCACGAGCCCAUAUAUUGCUCAGGGAAACCCGCGCAGUGGGCAGCCUCGCGCGUUCUGAAGAACAAGCCGCAAUUCCUGUGGGCCGAGCAGAAGGACAAGGAAGACCAGCCGGUGUACUUCACGGGUGAAAUGAUCUUCCCGGAAAUGUUGGACGACUUCGUGAACCUGCGUCCACUAAAGGGCGCUGCGCAUCUCCUCGCAGAGAAAGCGGACUGGCCAGCGCUCUAUGAUCGUGAGCGUCUUUCAAAGAAUAAAGUCAAGGUGACCUCGGCGACCUACUUCACGGACAUGUAUGUGCCUUUCGACCUCGUGCAGGAAGUUGUUGCGGCCGUGCCAAAUGUUGAGCAAUGGAUCACCAACCAGCAUUUCCAUUCCGCGGUACGACAAGAUCCCAAGGGAGUGUUCGACAUGUUGUUCAGGCUGAGCAAGCGCGAGCGGGACUAAACAAUACGAAAGAUCGUCGAGUACCUGCGUAGUAGCGUCUCCAUGUAAUGUAGAAAAGCCAGACGCACCUCAAAUUCGGCCGUUCCACACAAGCCGGUGACGGAGAGAGCAUAGUAACGAGCUGGCUGUCGUUAAAUAAUAGCAUUGCGACACGGUAGCGUACAUCCCGCCAAAGUCCUUUUCCAGUUGUCCGCCCGCCCUCGUCACGAUGCGUACACUUCAGCCCUAGAGCUCCGCGUUCGACCUGACGAACGAUCCUCCGUCCCGAGCGACGAGGUCUGAUGGGCGAAGAUU